AUGCGCGCUUCCAUCGUCGGCGGGCUCGCGUUCGUCGCUCGCGCAGCUGGCCAGAAUAACGGACAAAGUACUGGAGAUGUAGCAGCCACAAUAUCUGCGCUCAAGUCACGUCUGGGAACCAACACCGCACUCUUCAGCAGUAUUGCGUCCUCCCGCCAAGACGCUGCGAGCUCGACUCUCGCAUCACUAUCGAGUGUCGCAGCGACAGCUACUGGAAGUGCUGGCAGUAGCUACAGCUCAGAGCUAAGCAGCUUAGAGACUCAGUACAGCAGCAUCAACAGCGCAGUUGACAGCGCCCUCGGCAUUACAGCUUCGGCCUCCGUAUCGUCUGCGUCCGCCACAAGCAAGACCGCCUCCAGCGCUUCGAGCAGCUCCAUUGCCGCAGCAGCCACGACUUUGAGCACUUCUGUGACUCCGACUACCACUGGAACGUCUGUCGCCAACGUCGCGGCGUCUUCCGCGAGUAGCCCCAACGGGUCGCCAUCAUCAUCGCAAACAGGGGUGUCUCUGGUAUCGAAUACUGGGCCAUCGGCGACGUUCAGAUCCUCGACUGCAGCAGCAGCCAGUACUCCCUCCGCGGCGGGUGGUACCGUUGGUGCCGCAUUGCCUCAUCUAGUCAUGGGCAUCGCUGGUCUAGCUCUGGUCGGCAUUGUGUAA